CGGAUGUGUUCUUUCCCGGGCUGAGUCCAUCUUCCGGCUUGGGCCUCCGCUGCCGCGGAACGCUCGACUCUAGUUUUCUGAGUUGAUUGUGACCAUGGCUGCUGAGUCUGAUGUUCUGUACUUCCAGUUUGAACAGCAAGGAGAUGUGGUCUUGCAGAAAAUGAAUCUCUUGAGACAGCAGAAUUUAUUUUGUGACGUGUCAAUUUAUAUUAAUGACACUGAGUUCCAGGGGCACAAGGUGAUUUUGGCUGCUUGCUCUACUUUUAUGAGAGAUCAGUUUUUACUCACACAGUCAAAACAUGUCAGAAUCACCAUCUUGCAGAGUGCAGAAGUUGGCAGAAAAUUAUUGCUCUCUUGCUAUACUGGAGCACUUGAAGUUAAAAGGAAAGAACUUCUGAAAUAUUUGACUGCUGCCAGUUACCUUCAGAUGGUUCACAUUGUGGAAAAGUGCACAGAAGCUUUAUCAAAGUAUCUGGAAAUUGAUCUUUCUAUGAAAAACAACAACCAACAUACUGACCUGUGUCAAUCCUCUGAUGCAGAUGUUAAGAAUGAAGAAGAAAAUUCUGAUAAAGAUUGUGAGAUAAUUGAAAUUUCAGAAGAUAGUCCUGUAAACAUAGACUUUCAUGUUAAAGAAGAGGAAAGCAAUGCUUUACAGUCUACAGUAGAGAGCUUGGCAUCAGAGAGAAAAGAAAUGAAGUCACCAGAUCUGUCUACAGUAGAUAUAGAUUUUAAAGACAAUGAGAUUUGUAUCCUACAUGUAGAAUCUAUGAGUACAGCUGGUGUAGAACAUGGGCAGUUUUCACAGCCUUGUACCUCUUCAAAAGCAAGCAUGUAUUUUUCUGAAACACAGCAUUCACUGAUCAAUUCUACAGUUGAAAGCAGAGUGGCAGAAGUUCCUGGCAAUCAAGAUCAGGGCUUAUUUUGUGAGAAUACUGAAGGAAGUUAUGGGACAGUGAAUGAGAUGCAAAGUCUUGAGGAAGGUUAUUCACUGAGGCACCAGUGCCCUCGGUGUCCUCGAGGCUUUCUUCAUGUUGAAAACUAUCUGCGCCACCUUAAAAUGCAUAAACUAUUCUUGUGCUUACAAUGUGGGAAAACAUUUACACAGAAGAAAAAUCUCAACCGGCACAUUCGAGGACACAUGGGCAUUCGGCCCUUUCAGUGUACCGUAUGCUUGAAGACAUUUACUGCUAAAAGCACACUUCAGGACCACUUAAACAUACAUAGUGGGGAUCGGCCAUACAAAUGCCACUGUUGUGAUAUGGAUUUCAAGCACAAGUCUGCUCUCAAAAAACACUUAACCUCUGUCCAUGGCAGAAGCAGUGGUGAAAAAAUAUCUAGACCUGAUAUCAAAAGGCAAACUCUACUAUGAUUAUAAUCAUAGACUUGCUAUAUAAACUUUAAUAAUUGUUAGGCAAGUCUUUCUGUAGAAAUGCAGCAUUUGUAAUAAUACAUCCUCUCCACCCCAUCUUUAGGUCUCAUAUUUGGUCUGCCUACACAUUUCAUUCUUUCUGAAUUUCUAACAGAUCCAUAGUAAUGAGAGGUACAAUUAAGUGGAUAGGAUUCUGUCUCAUACAUCAUAUAUAAAGUUCUAGUGUUAUACCUAGAGAAAGUGUUCCUCUCUUACACAUUUUUGAUUCUAGUGACAGAGGAUCCACUACUAUUUGCAGAUUCUGAUUUAGAGACUCAAGAUUAUAUGUAGGCCAGGCAUGGUGGCUCAUGCCU